GUCCGAUGCUGCAAUCGGGUGGACACAAUGGUGGGUUAGCAAAAUCAGACGUUAGGUCCUCUCGUCGGAUCGGAAUCAUGCUUGUAUCAUAAAAAGUGGUCACCAGAUAUAUGGAGGUCUCCCCGCACCCUUUCCUCGACCUCAAUGCUCUCCAACCUCUUUGCAGACAGUCCAGAAUACAACGCUAGGAAGGCCAAGCCGUUCACGCCUACCAAGGUAGCCAUAGCUGAUCUUCAUGCCGCUGUCCCAAAACAUCUCUUCGAGAAAGAUACGUUCAAAGGGCUACUUUAUGUUGCUCGGGAUGUUAUAUGUGCCGUCAUUAUCUACAAACUCGGCUGGUUCAUCGAACCUAUCUCCCACAGUCUCGUAGCCCACUACGGUCUCCCACAGAUCGUUGGUACAGUUUUCAAAUGGUCAGCAUGGGCAACCUACUGGUUCUGUCAAAGUGUUGCCCUCGCUGGGUGGUGGUGUAUGGCCCAUGAGGCUGGACAUGGCAACGUGUCUCCACACAAGUGGGUCAAUCACCUCAUUGGCUUCAGUCUUCAUACUUUUGUUCUUGCCCCCUACUUUGCAUGGAGGGCCUCCCAUCACGCUCAUCACAAAGCAACGACAUCUAUCGAACGGGACGAGAACUACGUACCCCGUACUCGUAAGGACUAUGGCCUCCCGUCUGAAUCUCAAGCAACCGGCCGAGACUACCACGAAAUACUCGAGGAGACACCGAUUUACACGCUUGGUCGUCUGUUGAUCAUGCAACUUGUGGGAUGGCAGAUCUACUUGAUGACCGAUAUUUCAGGUAGUCCGCGACACCCUGCUGGCACAAACCAUCUCUUUCCCUCUUCGGCCCUUUUCAAGCCAAAAGACAGACCCGGUGUCAUCGCGUCCAACUUGGGGAUUUCCUUCAUGGCUUCUGUACUCUAUCUGUGGUCGAGGCAGGUCGGUACUUCUACGUUCAUCAAGAUGUAUUUCAUUCCCUACAUACUCGUCAACCACUGGAUUGUGAUGCUGACCUAUCUCCAUCACUCCGAUCCCACUGUGCCCAUGUUGCGUCAAAACCAAUGGUCUUUCGUCCGAGGUGCUGUCAAUACUGUCGAUAGACCUUUACUCGGGGUGCUCGGUCGUUUCUUCUUUCACAAUGUCAGCCACGACCACAUCUCUCACCACUUGUUCUCCUCUAUUCCGUUCUACAAUCAACCUAUUUCCACAGCCGCAAUCAAAAAGGUCCUGAAGGACGACUAUAACUAUGAUUCUACCAACACGUUCCGCGCCCUGUACCGAACCUUUACGCAAUGCAUCUUCAUAGAGGACGAUGGUGACAUCGUUUUCUACAAGAACAGAGAAGGUCAAGCAGCGAGAGAACUAGCCAAAGACGCUUUGGACCGCCCAACCAAAGGGAAGUUAAGUUGAGCUCAUAGUUUCAGUACUUCUUCCGCUUUACACUUCUCGAUACUGGCUUUUCAGCAUGUUAAAACGUAUUUUGUCGAAUCCAAGUAGUAAAUUCUAUUUAUUUACACAAUGAUAAAGUUGUGCAUUUUCUGUAA